AUGCCUCCUAAGAAGCAGCCUGAGAAAUCUGGGUCCUCUGGGAAACCAGCAGAGAAAAAACCUGCCACUGCUAAAACGCCGGCAGCUGCUCCAAAAGCUGCUGCAGCUGCUGGUGCUGCACCUAAAACAGCAUCUGCUAAAACUCCUGCACCAGCUCCUAAAACUGCAGCACCUAAGUCUGCACCUGCAGCACCCAAGCCUGCAGCUGCACCUGCUGCUAAACCAGCUGAGAAGAAAUCAGCUCCUCUACCUACUGCAAAGCCUGGCUCUGCAAAGGCAGCUGCACUCAAGACUAAGUCCAGUGCAAAGCCUUCAGUUAAGAAAGCUGCUUCUGCUGCAAAGCCUACAAAACCUAAACCAGCUGCUGCUAAACUGAAGAUUGCUCCAAAACCUAAGAAGACUGGCAUUAAAGGACAAAAGAAAGUUGUUAAGCCAGUGGUUAAGGCGCUUAAAGCUCAAAGAAAAGUUGUGAAGGGAGAACAUGGCAAGCGUGUUCGAAAGAUCCGCACAUCAGUGCAUUUUCGUAGGCCGAAGACCUUUGAGCCACCAAGGCACCCGAAAUAUCCUAGGAAAUCUUUACCAAAAAGGAACCGUAUGGAUGCUUACAACAUCAUAAAAUAUCCAUUAACAUCUGAAGCGGCAAUGAAGAAGAUUGAAGACAAUAAUACAUUGGUAUUCAUUGUUCACACCAGUUCAAACAAGCACCACAUCAAGGCUGCUGUAAAGAAGUUAUAUGAUAUCAAUGUGGCUAAAGUUAAUACCCUUAUAAGGCCUGAUGGCAAGAAGAAGGCAUAUGUUCGACUUGCCAGGGAUUAUGACGCAUUAGAUGUUGCCAACAAGAUUGGAAUCAUA